AUGACAAGAUGGGUGAUGGGGGAGCAUUAUGACGAUCCCUGUUCCCACUAUCUCGGGAGUGGGGAGGACUAAGUGACCAAGGAGUCUGGAAGUGUAGGGUAUGUUUGCGAAACCCUGCGGAAAACAGCAAUCAACUAGGGAGCUAAUCUCUAGUAGAUUGGCUGGACAUGGUUACGAUCCUUAUUUUCGUCUAGUUCCGGGGGGUUUGGUACUGUGUACUAAAUAGUUUGACUAAUUCUCUGUCCAUAGGUCCAGGCAACUUUGGAGAUGCCCCUGCGCAGUGUAUCGGAUACAAGUUCGUCACUAUUGCGCUAUAACGUCAAGGGAAUUGGCCAAGACUACAACGCUCCGCUUCAUUGGUGACGUUUGGGUCCAUCUAACCAGCAUCGUAUAGUGGGUUUACCUAUGGUAGUAAUGCGGCCAAGGGGGGUGACCGACAUAAGAACAAUCGCGCGUUAAUAGGAACCUCUUUUUUUUCUAAAUUUUGGUGUCGGUCGCUAACCCGCCACUUCGAAUUCCCUUUCUAUUCAAGUUUUUCUCUUUCUUUCCCCGUCAAUCGUUGUUGCGCCUUACUCCCCUCGUCGCUACCAUCAUCAUCAUGAGGUGUGCUGAAUUUAUAGCUUGAAGAGUUGUUCAAUGUAGUGAGGAAAAUUAAAGGCUCCUCUAAGCGGUUCGUGCGCUCCCCAUCGGCGACGCUCCAUGUUGGACACUCGUAAAUCUCGCGACUGGCUAGGUAGCCUACCGCUGCCAAUACCGGACAGUCGCAUACGUUUCUUGAGAUGGCAAACCGUACUUCGAUACGCGGUGAUCGCUUUUCUCAUCUCCAUAACAUUUUCCGGUGUCUUUUUAUUUCGUCGCCCUGAGGGGUUCCUUCGUGAUGGCGGGUCGCAUUACUUUGAAUAUUUUUGGAAUCAGACGGCGAACCACCCUAUCGAUCAACUAAUUAGCGAUGCGCAUACUUUUCACGAGAAUCUACUCAAGCAACAAAGUUUUGAUAUCCCGACAGCUGCGGCUCGGUAUCGCGACCGACGAGGUCGUCAUCCACCACCAGGUUUCGACGCUUGGUUUAAAUACGCGGUAGAGCACGAUGCGAUCGUAGUCGAAUCAUUUUUCGAUCGGAUAUACAACGAUAUUGCGCCUUUUUGGGGUCUUGAUCCUCAAGUUACAGCGGCAAGAGCUUCGUCGUGGGAACAUGUUGUACGUGUUCGAAAUGGAAUCGCGAAUGGGACGGGCAAUACAGAAGGGAAAGUUCCGUGGUUGCAACUUUGGACGAAUCUAGUUGCGGAGGCUGCGCCGUGGUUGCCUGAUGUCGAUAUGCCUAUUAAUUAUAUGGACGAAUCUCGAUUGAUCGUUCCUUGGGAGGAUAUUACGAAUCUUGUUGAGAAAGAACGAGCGCGUCGGUCGAUUAAACCUACGGGGGAAGUUGUAACCAAGUACACCGGCUUGAGUAAGGUUGACGCGGAGGAAAAUGCUAAACCUUAUCAUCCCCAAUGGUUAGGAGGUAGCUUUUGGAACCUUACAAGAGUUGCAUGUGCGCCCGAUUCCCCUUCCCGUAACGUCGCACCGAUGGAAAACUUUGAAACGCUUCCAACCUUCCCGCACAAUUGGGAACCCGAUUAUUCUUACAAAGGUUACGUGCGUAACUUUACCGCCUCGAUGGAUCCUUGCACGCAACCCCACCUCCGCGGCCUUCACGGCACUUUUAUCGAACCAUUAACCGAAUCCACAAGUAAGGAGCUUAUACCUUUAUUUGGUGGCUGCAAGCUACCCGUGAACAACGAGAUUCUUAUUCCUGGCGCCAUGUAUAUCACCGAUGACCCUUUUUACUCCGGCGGAGAAACACAUGGUCCACCGUGGAGACAGAAGACUGAUGGCGUUGUGUGGCGUGGUGUCGCAUCCGGUGGUCGGAACAAGAAAGAGAAUUGGAUGCACUUUCAACGCCACCGUCUUAUCGAGAUGUUGAAUGGUACAACUGUUGCUGGAAUGGAGCAGAAUGGUUUUAGGGCCAUGACGUUCGAAAUGCCGCCUAUGGAGAAAUACGAUUUCCCGCGAAGACGCAAAGCUACGAUUGGUACUUGGUUGGAAAAGUUCUCGAACGCAGGAUUUGUGAAUCUUUUAUGUUUCCCGGAAGAUUCCAACUGCGCUUACGUGAGACCGUAUUUGUCAGAGGUACAAGGCAUUCCUAUGAAGGAACAAUACAAGUAUAAAUUCAUGCCCGAUGUCGAUGGCAAUAGUUUCAGCGCUAGGUUCCGAGGUUUCUUGCUAUCGACGUCGUUGCCCAUUAAAGCUACCAUCUAUGCGGAAUGGCAUGACGAUCGUCUAGUGCCGUGGCUUCAUUUUGCCCCAAUGGAUAAUAUUUUCCAGGAUUUAUACGCCAUUUUAGACUAUUUUACACGAGAUAGGAAAGGUGACAAGUCGGCGCGUUUCAUCGCAGAGGAAGGUAGAGCAUGGGGUGCUAAAGUGCUGAGAAGGGAGGAUAUGCUACUCUACGUAUGGAGGCUACUCCUGGAAUUUGCACGUGUGUGUGAUGAGAAACGGGAAACGCUUGGGUAUAUAGAUGACUUAAGACCACCGCAAUGAAUGUAUGUAUGUAUAUAAUUACCUAACUUGUCAUUAUUCGCAUUACUUGCUUUUUUGUUUCACAUGUACUCAAUACCCGGUUGUAUUUAUACUGUAUUGUAUGUAAGUACCUAAGGUACUGGAGUUCAAGUAUCAACGCAAAAG